CGAGUUCAGAAGUCUCAUGCUACUCCUCGAUUCACAUAUCGGGAUCAGGAAGACAAGGACCCUUCGUGAUAUUCCGUAUCGGUCAGCUGAUCGGCAAACUGUGAGAAGAGUCGCCACGCAUUUCAAUCCCAUCCCUUUCUCGCCUUCUUGUAAUUUUCAAAGCUUUCAGCACAACAGAAGAGCACCAUGAAGGCGACUCUCAUAUUGGUGUUGUUUGGUAUUGGUGUGUGUUUGGCCAACCCUCUGGAGAAAAAGGAGAAGAUAAGCGUCGUCGAGCAGCAGUCCGCGAUGAUAACAGAUCGAGCUAAAUAUGAGGAAGAACUUCUUCGUAAACUCAACUCAAAAUGUUCCCAGAAUGAUAUCAGCAGUUGCGUAAUGUUGAAGUUGGUGACAUACAUGAACAAAUUGCUGAAGAAGGCUUCGAUCGAGCUCACAGAUGACAUCGAAAUUAGAAAGACGGGCCAAACGUCAGAAGAUGUGAUCACGUUCGAGGCUGGUAGAAGCAAGGACGACGAGAUUCAAGUUCUCGAUCUCAUAGCGAAUAAAGUUUACGCCUUCAUUAAAUCGAGAAGCAUCAAGUGGAGGAUUUUACCUGAAGAUGAUAUCGUCGUAUCCGCAUCGGAAGAUGAUGCUGGUUCAUUAAGCUUAGGUUUAUCCAUUGAACGCGCUGACAGACCUAUUCAAGACGGCCGUGGAAAGAAAAACAAUAUGGGUCCGUUAAUUGCUGCGGCUGUUUUAAAAAUUGGUCUCAUCGGUGGUCUCGCAUUCAAGGCUCUCGCCCUUUUGGUCGGCAAGGCUCUUCUUUUGUCCAAGAUCGCGCUUUUACUGGCCAGUAUCAUAGGCCUGAAGAAACUCUUCUCGCACGGAAAGCACGUGACUUACGAAGUGGUGGCGCAUCCUCACCAUAGCAGUCAUUCGUUCGAUCAUGGUCACGGUGAUAGUUACUCCAGCGGAUGGGCAAGAAGCUUCCACGAACAAAUUCCCGGACAGCCAGACGCUCACGAGCUAGCUUAUGCGGCACACGUAAAGUGAUUGACUUCUACUCUAUCGAAGCGGAAGCAGGAUCCAAGGAUUGCCGAAAAAAAA